GGUAUACGAAGCUUUCGGCAGGUCUAGUCCUAGGGUGUCGCACCAUGAAUAAGGAAGGUUUAGCUGAAACUUGUUGCCCACACGCACUCUAGCCUCAUCCAGCAUUUGAUGUCCUCCCCAGACUGUUGGCCACAUACGCAGACUUCGGGCCAGAACCUACUGGAUACAAAUAGUUUCUCUUCCCGUUUGACUGAUGAAGAUCCAAAUAAUCACCAAAUAUACAAUCAGCACAACGACCGGUACCUCUUGGGAAACAAGGUAACCAGACAGUCAAAAGUCCACACAGCUACAAGAAGAAUCGGGUUCCUAGGGAACGCAAGCUUUGUCUUCCUGUUACUGUACCUAGGUAGGCGAGGGUUUCCUCGAAGGGACUCAACCUCUCAGACCCCAAUAAUAUAUGACAUAUAUGUCGUCCUUUCCGGGAACUGCCACCAAAAUGUUCUGAUGACUCUGCUCUGGUUUACGUUUCUCCAACCAAAAACGUGAAACGGACGCCCAGUGUAGCCCUCACCCCAAUCCCAAGUACCUUCAUCAAAGACAAGAAUAACACUCAGCUAUAUCGAUCCAAAAAGAGAAAAGGGGGGAGAGGGGGAGAUAGAUAUAUAAAUCCCAAAAAAACAACAAAAAAGACG